GCGUGGUUAGCGAUACGUUGCAGAACCUAUAGCUACGUAUCUGGACAAAUAACAUGUUGUCUGGACGGACAAGGUGGACAGACAAGGGAUGCAAACAUGAUGUAACUGGACAACGAUUGACAGGGAAGCUUGAAUAAAUGGACACCGUUUAAAACACAGGUGAUUUCCAGGAUGCUGCAACUCUACCGGAACCCCAGUCUUUGGUCCGUGCUUGCUCUCUGCGUACACGCGGUAAAUAUGUUGUUCCACGUGAUCGCCUACUGCUCUGACCAAUGGGCAACGUGCACAUUCAAGGGUAGGCACACGUGGUUCGGACUUUGGCAAGGAUGCUGGGUUAAUGACGUCACUCAAGAGACCACGUGUUCGGAUACCAUUUUCCAGCACCCAUCGUUAAAUACAGGUAAACAUACAGGUUGGCAUACAGGUGGACAAAUUCUGAUGACGAUUUCCUUCAUAUUGUUGAUAUUCACGGAAAUUGUGCUCAUUGGUUACGCAUGCGUGUUGAAAUUUGAACACCACAAACCGAGGAUGGUGGGAACGUCGGUUGGAAUGUUGGGCUUUGAAGUUGGUAUAACCGGCAUCUUGAUCCUGAUGGUAGGGACUGAAGUGGGGAAUCUGGAGGACGGAUAUGUAUCAUGGGGCUAUGGAAUCAAAUGUACCACCAUGUUUUUAGGUAUCGUUACAGUAAUUCUAGUGUACAUAGACAAAUACAGUUUCUCUGGAAAGAAAAGAGAUUUGGUAACACAAAGUGAAAAGGCAUAUGAUAAAAACGACUUUGACAAUCCUGGCUUCAAUGAUUGGAGAUCAAAUGAGUUUUCCGGGUCAAUGAUGACGUCACCUAUGAGGGUUUCCUCAAGUGGUCUGGGAACUUUGGAAAAGGGUUCGUCUCGGAGUCUGUCAUGUUCCGACAUUGUCACAGUAUCAGCUGAUAUCAGUUACUCUCAAACACCACAAACUUUUUCCUCCAAAUGUGUUUUUGGUGGAUCAGCAGACGACAUUGCUAAGACUAAACAUGUAAUGAAUUUUAAGGACUUCAGGCCGGAGUUCAAGAACGGAAUAGGAGGUCCGGGGAGUAGGGUUAUCAACACUGACAGUCUAACAGCGAAAACCAGAUCUGUAAAUAUGAAUCCGGAUUUAAGUGAUAUAGUUCACAGGGAUGGCUUUACGUCACAGAAUCAUCGUUUGUCUUCCAGUAGUUCAAUCGAAAGUGAUGUGUGAUGAUAACAAUUGUGUAUCGCGCCCUAAAUACUGUGUAAAAGAUGUCACGAAAGCUUGUUCAUCUUACAAAAUGACGUGAACCAAAUUAGACCCAGUUUGACCACCGUCCAGGAUAUUGUGUAGACUUAAUGGUCUUUGAUACCCCACAUUUAGUAAAGGGUGUAUAUAUCAUUUUGUGUGCGCGUGCUUGCGUGCUUGCGUGCGUGCGUGCGCGUGUGUGUGCGUGCGUGAUAAGUUUGUGUACAAGAUAUUUCCCGGAGCUCUGGAGAGAUUUCGUUAAUAUUUACACCAUCAUGUUCUACACCUGAUUAAAGUUUGGCGGUUAUCGGCCAAGGCUUAAGGUCAAAGGACCACUCUUGAAAUAAACAAGAGGCCCAUGGGCCUUAUCAGCCAUCCGAGUUCUACAUGUAUAUAUACUAAUAGAUGCUUUUUGCUUUUAAACUAAGAUUCCGUCUAUUUGACCCCUGUGACCUCGAAAGUAGACGGGUUAUUCAUUUCAAUAUACUUUGCAGUCCUUCAUCCCAGGAUGCUCCUGGCCAAAUAUGACCGUGGAUCUAAACUGCAAAGGGCCAUAACUCUUACGAUCAGACCAGUCCCAGUGAGGAAAUUGAAUAUCUUAUUAAUAUCAUACAAUUUCAUCAAAAUCUGUUCAUAUUUAUCCAAGUUGUAACGUUCACAGGGUGCAAUGGUAGGAAAGCUGAAAAGGGCCAUAACUCUUUUAGUUACGGUUGAAUUGGUCCGAUUUUUCUACUUAUCUGGGAUGUUAUUGACACAGGACUGUAUACUAAGCUUCAUGAAAAUCCAUUCAUAUUUAUUCAUGUAAAUCUCACGUUUUUGAGAGUAUCCCAAAAUACAUAGCUCACAUUCACGAUUUGUUGUGAAACAUCCUUGGGUAAUGAAAAUCAAUAGUAUAAACGAUGAGUUUUGACCCCCUGUUGCGGGAGGGGCAGGCCCACUAGGGGGAGUUACAUUAAAUUCUUUAUAAUACUUCUUCAUUAUGAAUGAAAGAUUUCGGUCUAUAUUUGGUCUGAAACAUCAAAGGGUGAAGGGCAACCAAUUUUGUAUAAACGGUGGGCCUGGCCCCCGGGGCCUGAGGGGAGGGGCUCAAUACGAGAAAUGCAGCAAAUUUAAAAUCCUUCUUUUGUAGAAAUGUGUUUUCCCCUAAUCACUGCAAUAUUUAGGUGAGCGAUACAUGCUCUAUGGACCUCUUGUAUUAUUGGUGAAUAGUUUGAGUUUAUGUACGUCUCUGCUCACUCUGCUUUUAUUCUGUCAAUUUACGUUAACAGUUGAUGGUUGUCCGUCGAGA